AUGGCCAAUAACCAUCUUUUCUUCUUUCUUCUUCUAUCUCUACAUGCAAUAGCUGCUUCUGCACAAUCAGUGUAUGUAAGCAUAGAUUGUGGUAGUAGUAGCAGUAGUGCUUACAAGGACGAUAUCGGGAUCACCUGGACUGGUGAUGGCACCUACAUCAACACAGGUGAGAACAAAGUGGUGCAAACUACUACUAAUUCUAUCUCUAAAGUGAUGAGCACUCUUAGGGUUUUCUCAACUCGAAAGAAGAAUUGUUACUCAAUCCCCAUCACAAAGGGAACAAAAGUUCUUGUUCGUGCAAGCUUUUACUAUGGAAACUAUGACAAGAAGUCGUCUCCUCCUAGCUUUGAUGUACUAUUGGAUGGAAACCUUUGGUCAAGCGUGGACACUUCUAUCAGUAGUGAUGUGCUUUUUAUUGAAGCCAUAUUAGUUGAAAGAAGUGAUUCCAUAAGCGUUUGCUUAGCCCAGACACAGCCCAAUCAGUUUCCCUUCAUUUCAGCACUUGAAGUCAGGAGUUUGGAAUCUACAAUGUAUCCCUAUUUUGACUCAAACUAUGCUCUGCUCUUAAGAAGAAGGAACUCUUUUGGUGCAAAUCAAACUGUAAGGUCCCCAGAUGACAUAUAUGAUCGAAUAUGGGUUCCAGAAAUUACUGGAAAUGGGUUAAUUCCUGUUACAAGUAGUGCCUCGACGAUCAACACCACUGAUACCCCAGACAACCCUCCAAUUAUUGUGCUUCAAAAUGCAAUAACUACAGCGGAUACAUCUAUUUACAUAGAGUUAGACACUAAUCUUCCAAACCAAGAAGUCCCUGUGUACAUGAACUUGUAUUUCUCAGAUGUGGAUCAGCAAACCCAGCUACGAUCCUUCAACAUCGAUGUCGAUAGCAUACCCAGCACCACUGACCCCGUAACUCCACAAUACGCAGCACUUACAGAGGCGUCCCUCAACGGCUUCAAUGCUUCUUCCAGUAAUAUAUUUACUUUGGUGCCCACAAUUGAUUCUUUACUUCCUCCAUUGAUAAAUGCAAUGGAGGUCUUUGUAGUUGCUGGUCCACUCACAAAUGGAACCAACACUGCUGAUGUGGAACAAUUGAAAUUGUUACAAAUUCAAUUCUCUGUGUUAGCUGGAUGGAGCGGUGAUCCUUGUCUUCCAUCACCAUAUACCUGGGAUUGGGUUAAUUGCAGCUCUGAUGACACGCCUCGCAUUACAGCACUGUAUCUCAAUGGCUAUGGGCUCUCUGGAACACUUCCGGAUUUUAGCUCCAUGGAUGCUCUUCAAACCAUAGAUUUACACAACAACAGCUUCACGGGAGAUAUUCCUUCUUCCCUAGCCAAUCUCCCCAACCUUGUAGAUCUGAACCUGGCGAAUAAUGAGCUCAGUGGAAGCGUACCUACCUCACUCUCCCAAAAUAAGAAGUUAAAAUUAAAUGUCUCAGGCAACAAGAUAUUGUGCGCUACUGAUACCAAAUCCUACUGCCAGAGUUCUUCAAGCAGCUCUUCAGGGACUCCAUCAGAUAAUUCGACAAAUACUACAAGCAGUAGCAGCAAGAGUAGCAGCAGCAAGUUACCAAUAAUAUUAGGAGUCACAAUCCCUGCUUUCAUCAUUUUCAUUGCCAUCGUCGCAUUCCUGGCUAUCACUUCCCACAAGAGAAAAAUUGCAGCCUUUGCAAAAACCAAUGCAGGACAAACAAAUGGAUCUAACAAGCCAAGUGUCCCACCACCACAAAGAGAAGUAAUGCCUCCAGAAUCCAAAGAUGUAGAAAAUGAACUUCCACAUCAUGAUAUGGAAGCAGAGCUCUCUGAUUUAAUGGAUCAACAUACAUUUCAACAUCAAUACGAUGGGAGAAGUCCAAAUCCUCUAUUGCACAAACCCUAG